AUGUUUUUCCUCAAAGCCAUCUCCAGUGCCCUCCUCAUCCUCCCAACCCUCGCCUCAACAAUGGCCAAAAACUCCUCCUACACCAACCCCAUCCUGCCCGGAUGGCACUCCGAUCCCAGCUGCAUAUAUGUAGCUGAGGAUCACAAUGCCUUCUUCUGCGCCACCUCAUCCUUUCUCUCCUUCCCCGGCAUGCCAAUCUACACCAGCAAAGACCUCGUGAACUGGCGCCUCGCAAGCCACGUCGUCUCCCGCCCCUCGCAGGUCCCCCAGAUCGGACUCACCGUCUCCCAAAACGGCGGUCUCUGGGCACGCCCUGGGCGGUCACAGGACCUCUUCACAACAACCAACCCCUACGACAGCAGCUCCUGGGGCGCCCCCCUCGUCUUCCCCCUCCUCGACAUCGACCCAAGCAUCUUCUGGGACGAUGACGGAACGACCUACCUCCACUUCUCCGGCAUCCACCAGCAGACCAUCGACCUCACCACCGGCGCCCUCGGGCCCCCAUCAAUCAUCCGGAAGGGCUUCACAGAGUUCAUCCCAGAUGGGCCACAGGAGGCACCGAGCUCGGCCACCACGAAGCCAUCGCCCGCUCGAAAAAUAUCUCAGGCCCCUACACCAGCGCCCCUUCAAACCCGAUACAAACCAGAAUCCUACUUCCAAACCGUCGGGCACGCAGACCUCUUCCAGGACGGGUCCGGCAACUGGUAG